UGCAUGUCUUGCACAAGACGCCAUUUUGUUGAAGACUAGAAGAACGUUGGAAGUCCUUUACGUUUUUAGCAAAAAAAUACCACAAUGUCGCGUGGUGGAACUAGAGUUUACUUCGGAAGACUUCCAAGAGAUGUUAGAGAACGAGAUUUAGAGAAAUUUGUUCGGAAUUACGGUCGCGUUCGGGAGAUAAGUAUCAAGUUAGGCUACGGUUUUGUGGAAUUCGAUGAGCCAAGAGAUGCUGAUGACUGCGUUUAUGAUUUAAAUGGCAAGGAUUUUCUUGGAGAAAGAAUCGUAGUAGAGCAUGCCAGAAAUCCUGUUAGAAAUGUUGAUUAUGGAUAUCGCAGUAGAGAGAGCUCAAGGUCUAGCAGACCUCCACCUAGAAGAGGCCGUACCCCACCAGUCAGAACAGAACACAGGCUUGCUGUCAUUAACUUAUCAUCUCGCUGUAAUUGGCAGGAUUUAAAAGAAUAUAUGGGCAAAGCUGGAGAAGUAACAUUUGCUGAUGCUCACAAGAGAAGAGCAGGAGAAGGAGUGGUAGAGUUUGCCACAAAAGAAGACAUGAAAACUGCGAUGAAGAAACUAGAUGAUACAGAACUUUUUGGAAGGCACAUCAAACUCAAAGUUGAAAAAGUAAGGACAAGACGCUCUGCUAGCCGCAGUAGAAGUAGAAGCCGAUCAAGAUCACGUCGUAAGAGCCGAUCCAGAUCUCGCUCUAGAUCACCAAAGAGGCGACGCCGUUCAUCAUCCAAGUCACCUGAAAACUCAAAAUCCAAACGAUCCAAAUCUCGCUCAAGAUCUGCCUCAAGAGAAAAAAGUAAAGAGAAAUCUAAAUCUCGUUCUAAGUCACCUGAAAGAUCAAGAUCUGCUUUCCCAAAGAAAGAACACGAAAAUGGGGAAGAAGACGAAGAAGUGAAGGAUGUUGAUGAGGUUGACGAAGAUCAAGAAGCAGAACCUGAAGAACAAGAACAGGUAGAAGAGAAUGGAGAAGAAGAAAAUGCAGACGAAGAAAACAUGGAAGACGAUGAUGUUGAGAAGAAAGAAGGUGACGAAGAAGAUUAAAUCCUUCUAAACUAUAUUACCAUUAGCCUAGCUAACACUUCAUACUUCUGUAAAUACGUAAAGUUCAGAUGUUGAUUCCAUUUCCACUAGUUAAUUUGUCAUGGGCUAAUCUUGAAGCCCUCCAUGUGUUAACGCCAUUGGCUAGUAACAAGUGCAUCUUAUUUCAUACACUUGUAACUCAUUUGUGAUCUGCAAGUACCAUCAUUAUAGACAUACCUGUUUACCUGUAAUGAUACCAUGGUAACUGGUGUAGGAAUGGUAUUUUUAAUUAAAUCUUUUUGUUACAGCAACAAACCACAUAGAGUGGGAAAUGUAUGGUACUGGCUUACCUAAUGUAUUAAUGUAUAUGGUACAACGUACCAUACCAUUGUAAUGGUUUUCAUAUGAGUGGGAAACAUACGGUACUGUAACAUCGCAUACACAGCAUGACAAGAUGACAUUGAAAUGGCUUUCCAUUAUCUUCCAGUAAAUCAUCCAAUCACAACCUGUAGCUACAGUACAGUUAUGAAUUUCCUGUUUUGUUUCCCACUCAUAGGAAAACUGGCUUAUAUAUGGUAAAUAGUUACUUUUUCCAGAUAUUGUACAGUACCAAAAUGUACCACAAAUAAGAAAAAUUAUCUACUGCAUUUCAAUUGAAUCCAUAUACUCUGUUACGGAACUAUAGUUUUCCAUUGUUUCAAUAUUAGUUGAUUUAAUCUUAUAAAAAGAACUUGUAUCGGCUUAUAUCAAGCCUUGAAUGUGAUAGCAUACAGCCCAACCAAUAAUUAGCGUGGUUUUGAUAUACACUAAUUUCCAUGAAAUCGCUACAUAUAUUUUUCCAUCAUGGAAUUAAAUUCAGUUCUUUUGCAGCUAAACUCUUGGCGUAGUAGUAAAUGAACUUCGAAAGAAAUUGACACUGUAUUUUUGAACAUGUAUCUUUAAUAAUAUUAUAAUCACAACUAUUCAACAGAUUUUAACUGGAGUUUUUAUGUAAUGUUAUUUUGACAAGUCCAUCUGAACGAUGGAAGUUUGCAACAAUAAACAGUAGUACUCAAUAAACCUU